AAAAGCAUAAAUAAAUAAUAUUUUGUGUAGAAUAUAUAUCCGCUAGUGUCUCUACUGACUCUCAUAGUCUCGCCCGCCCAGCAGAAAUUUUUUCAAAUCUUUAACCGAAAAAAUGCCUUUGGCUUUAAAAAAAACCUGAAACAUGAGCCUAUUUUUUUUUCUCUUCCUGAAAAUUGUAAACAUUGAUCGCUAAAUAAUUUAAACUGAUUCUGAGAGUUCAGUUGACAUCGGAGUCUUUUACCGCGCCUUUCAUUUGCUGAUUCGUCGACUGGGUGGGGGCACCUAAUCCACCAUUUUGUCCCCCUAAAAACUUCCCCUCUUCCGAGAAAAAUCCGUUGAAAACAACCGACGGUGGCCGAAGGCCGACGCUUGUGCCGUUUUUUCGUCGUCGGUGUUCUCUCUCAAAAAGACACAAAAUAAAUCCUCAAAAAUUAUUGGUUAGGUUAUUUAACCCCAUCAAGUGCCAGUGUAUAAUUUCAUCGUUGAUUGAGACCAUGAUGCAUCCGGAUUACCACCGAGUCUGAAAGAUGGAUGUGUCAGGUGACCUCACCCUUCAGUGGGUGGAGGAAGUGGGCAAUGUUAUUCACGAAGAAGUCAUCUGUGGACUUGAGGCAGACCUCGAGACGCAGGAAGGUGAGGUUAUUGGAGCCUGUGAGGAAGUGUGCAUUGAGGAGGAUGGACAGGGAGGAUCUGAGCAGGAAGCAACACAAGAUCUGCCACCGGACACAGAGAUCCUCAUGGUACCACAACCCAGCGAUAUGGAGUCGAUAUACAUCGUUCCACAGGAUCAGGGUCAUGAUUAUUUAAAUAUACAAGUCACUGAGGAAGUCAUCACUGAUAACUGGGACAGAUCUGGACCUGAAGAUGGCGUCGAGAUUCCAGAGACCAAAGUCUCUCAUGACAACCUCUUGGAGUACGAUGACAUGGAGAUUCCCCUGCCGAUUGACCAAGAUUCCUACACAAAUACCCGACCUUAUCCCUGCGACUUCUGCAGCCGCCGUUUUCGAAAGAAAGCCAACCUGAUGAACCAUAUGGUCGCCCACCAAACUGAUCGUCCUCACGGCUGUAAUUUAUGCGGUGCCCGCUACGUCCGUAAGUGUGAUCUCAUGAAUCAUUUGAAAAUUCACGCGUACGCCCCGACUCGCGACGGCGUAGAGGACGACCUUCAAUCUGAGGAUCUUCCCGAUGACGAUGAUCCUCCCAAAGGUCGUCGAAAAAAGCCACAAGUUCCCCGAAAACGCAAAGCCAUUCAAAAACGUCCCAUGAAUCCAUUAGACACAUCCCUAGAUCACGCAGACAAGCCCCCGAGGCUUCAAAAAUCAUUCGAUUAUGUUGAUGAAGACAUGCGCCUCCUCGAGGAGAUGACAAGUCGGCCAAAUUCAGCCCCUAGAUGGCCAAUAACCGAUCCGACAAAACCAUAUGUUUGCCAGUACUGCGGUGUGAAUUUCGCCCGGGAGAAGGCCCUCGCCUCCCACGCGCGAAUUCACGGGGGUGACAGCCCCUUCGAGUGUACAAAUUGCGGUGAUAUGUUCUGGGAUGUAAAUGCCCUUCGCGAUCACAUUCGCAUUAAGCACGGUGUCACCCAAUCCCCAAUCGAUGAAUUUGAAACAUCGGAGACCCCGUAUACUGGGGACGAUAGAUUCGGUGAAUUUUACUGCGAAACUUGUGGUGUUCCUUUUCAUCGUCUCGAUCUACUCAAACGUCAUCGAAAGAAUCACGUUAAACAGGAAGGUGGCGGUGAGCAUGUGGAUUCUGGUAAUCAUCAUGUGUGUAACGUCUGUGGUGAAUGGUUUGAAGAAGCACUGGCACUACUGGCCCAUGCAGAACUCCACGCAAGAUCACCAACUAGACGUUGUCUUCUCUGCGGUGAACGCUGUCGAGAUGAUGCAGAAGUCGCUGAACACGUGCGACUCAUUCACGGAGAGGACGCACCACCAAAUACAUGCACCCUCUGUGGUAAAACAUGCAAGGACAAGCGCAGUUUAUUGAAACACUCGUGGGUUCAUAAUACCGAUAAGACCUUCGGCUGCACAAAAUGUGGUAAGAGAUUUCAUUCAAAAGCGCGAUUACGAAGACACAUGGUGAGCCACAGGAAUAAAAUGGUUGCUUGCGACGAAUGCGGAGAGGAAUUUCCCGAUGGUAGAGCACUAGUAUCCCACCGGCACUCGCAUAAUAAGGAGUUGGGGGGAAGAUCAUUUCCUUGUAGGGAGUGCGGAAAAACGUUUGGGAGCAGGAGCUCUCAACAGAUUCACAUUAGAAUUCACACGGGUGAGAGACCCUACGGUUGUAGAUUUUGUUGGAAAGCUUUUGCUGAUGGAGGAACAUUGCGGAAACAUGAGAGGAUUCAUACUGGAGAAAAGCCGUAUGGCUGUGCCAUCUGUCCCAGGGCAUUCAAUCAGAGAGUUGUUCUUCGAGAACAUGUACGAGCACAUCACUCAGGACCUGAUCCCAAGUGUCAUGGAAGCCUGACGCCGUAUCUCUGUAAGGUGUGUGGCGAUUCAUUUGGAUCGUCUGAAGAGAUAAUUUUGCAUAUCGUGCAGCACUGCGAUGACAACACGGCAUUGAGACGACAGCCGCAAGUUGGACCGAGAAAGUACAAGCGGAGGAGAAAACUCAAGCCUCAUGAGAGCCCGACAAUUCCACAGAGGAAUGAAUUCGAUACAGCUGAACUUUCGGAAUCAGAUGAAAAUAACAAGCGCAAGACCAAGAAGAGUACAAAACGAUCAAUUGACGAGGGUUAUCAAUCUGUUCUCAAGUCAUUUGAGAGUUCUAUUCAGAAUAUCAAUUCGAUUGUGAGCAGUACGAAGGCCAGUAAGAGUAGUAAGUUGAAGAAAAAACUGAAGAAAGAGGAGAAGAAGGUCCCGGAGAGUAGCACAGCGUCUAACUCAGGACGCCCUAAAAUGAUUCACACGCAAAAAACGAGGGUGCCGGUUGAAAUUGGUAGCGAUGGGGUGAAGAAGGGUCAAAAGACAAAGACUAUGGUUACGAGAACGCCGAAAGUUAUGCCUGGAGAGCGUGGAAUAUUCCCGGGUGGUGAGAGAAACCGACCUAGGACUAAAAAUGUCAGCUAUCACAUUGACGGGAGGAAUGUCAUUCCCGCUACUUUCCCAGGGAUAACGGCUGAAAUUAUUGAGGGACCACCAGCACCACCAACAGAAAUAGAACAAACACCAGCACCACCACCAUCACCACCAGCACCAAUAACAACAACAACAACAAUACCACCAUCGCCACCACCAACAGCAGCAGCAGCACCGCCUGCUCAAGAGUUCGUACACGUUCACAUCAAGACUGAACCUCAGAUGACCACAAGAAGAUCAGCUGCCAAUCAUUCUAAUGGAGAUAAUGUCAAUCUCAUCGAGAAUGAGGCUAAGAAGAAAGUGAGGAAAGGCGGUAGGAAGAUUGGUAGAGCUAUAAAACAGGAGCCACGGGAGGAGAUUAUUGAGGAGCAGUUACCGGAGGAUGAGGUUGUUGAUGAAGUACCCAAGGUUGCUAUGGAAAUGGAGGUGGAGUUUGAGGAGACUGUUGAAGAGAAUGGUGAGAGCAUUCUACCGGAUCUUGAAUCUAUUCAUCACAAUGAUGUUGGACCGGAAAAGGUACGUCUGAGAGUCAAGGUGGAGCCUGCUGCUUCUAGCAGAUUACUUGAGGAGGAGGUGCCUGAAACUAUUAUACCGGAUGCACUUGAGUAUACGUGUGAAAUGUGCUCGGCUGUUUUUUCAAGUCGUGCAGAGUUACUUGUACAUGUACCUAUACAUAUUUGAUUUAGUACGGAGAUUGUAGUACGUUAGUAGGUACAGUAUAGUGAUUUGAGGGAGUGGGUCGAGGGUGAAGGAUUUUUAGUUGGGAGUGGAAUCAAAAACACGAGUGGUGAUGAACAUUUCUGAGAACGGGAUGCCGGGUUUGGAGUUAUGUUUGGGAUGAAUAGGAAGUGACGGAUUUCCAGAAGAAUUAACCGACGAAUCAGCCCUCACCAGGUGAUGGUUUUCAUUUAGAAUUUCGUCAGCUUUAUGAUGGGACCAUUGUCAACUAAAUCCCUUUGAUUGUUUCAAAGAUAUUCAUUUUUUGCGUUAAGUUUCGAAACAAUAUUCGUAUAAAUUUAUCUAUAUUUGGUUAUUGGGGGGAGGGGGGGGGGUAAUGACAUCGGUAGAUGCAGAUGGGAAAAUUUCCGUCUACAUUAGUUAACAACCGAAUAUUUGAAUUCUUCAUAUUCUCGAAAUUUCAUGAGACAUUUGUACCCCAAACAUUUGAAAGGAUGGGGGACACAAUGGGAAAUUGACCAUUUUUCUAGCUCAUGUGAAUUAAGUUUCGUUGAAGAAUUCCUGAUUGUUCCGGAUAUAUCACGAAAAUGUUAUAUUAGAAUCACUUAUUUUCAUUAAACGAAUGUUUUCUUUAUUUUCAUUCAAUUCUUGUUUAAGUUUACUUCGACACAUCUUUGCAUUGAGCACUUGUGUAACUCAUUAUUAAUUAUUAAAAAUAAUCUUUUCAUUUUUUUUAUUUAAUUUGCUGCUGAUACAUUGAGAAGUUGUGCACUUUGCUCUAUGAAUUGAUUCACUUCAAAAAGGUGAAGACCUCUUGAUUUUCCUCGUUUCAUUAAUCUUUUUGCGUACAAUCAUGUCCUCUUCCCUUUAUCCACUUUAACUUCUGAAAUAUGUAAAAAACAAAAAUUAGAAACAAAAACUCCGGACAUUCCCGUAAAAAGUAUAAAAAAAUGUGAGAAAAUUUUAUACAAUUUGUAAAACUGUAAAUUUGACGAUGAAAAAAAUGUAAAUAAAAUUUACAAACAUGAAAAAUUACAUAGAGCCUUCAUUUGACUUUUGAGCAGAGAAAAUAAAAAAUAAAAAGCUGAGGAGAAUUUGUUUUUGUAAAAGUGUCAAGAAAUUUUAAUUAACCUAAGGCACCACAGAGAAAUAUACACAUUACAUCAUUUGCUACCUUUUCAUGAUUCAAUUCGAAUGAAAUAAAAAUCAUGAAUCUGUAAUUAUCUGUGCUUUAUCAUAAUUUUAAGAAUACAUAUAAUAGAAAUUAGACAGAAUAAUUUAGUGUAAAAAUACAAAGGAACAAUUGUAAUGCAUGGUAGAAUUUUAAUUCACAAAUAUCGAUUUAAAAUCCAUCUAACAUGUAAGAGAAAUUAAAGUUAAACUAAUGGAAAAACAAAUAUAAUUUUAAAUUUAAGUCAAGGUAAAAAUUACAAAAUAAAUAUAUUAAAGUAAGAAAUAUAACGCUGUAUUCUGAUGGCAAAUUAGCGUAAUUAGAUUAUUUAAAUCAAGUACACUUUUGUUACCCCUCUAAGUAACAAAUUGAUGUAACAAGAGUGGAUACUAAAUUUUGUCAAGAUUUGGAUCAAAAAUAUUGAUUAGUAAUGAUUUACAGAGGCAUAGUUAAACAUUGAAUAAAGGAGUUUGAGAGGAAAGGAGGCGUAAAUUGUACAUAUUUUAUUGGAUAUGGUAUGGUGACGCAAUUUACUGUUAAUCGUAGUUGUAUUUUUCUUUGAAUAAAUAAUUAAUUACUGGAUAUAUA